AUGUCGUCCGACAGCAAAAAACGAGUCUGUUAUUUCUACGAUGCCAAUGUUGGCAACUAUCACUAUGGUCCCGGUCACCCUAUGCGACCUCAUCGUAUAAGAAUGUGUCACGGCUUAGUGAUGAAUUAUGGGCUGUACAAAAAAAUGGAGAUAUACCGAGCGAAACCAGCAAAUAAAUGGGAAAUGACACAGUUUCAUACUGAUGACUAUAUUGAGUUCUUAUCGCGAGUUACUCCUGAAAAUAUGGAUCAAUAUCAAAAAGAGCAAGCGAAGUUUAAUGUAGGAGAUGAUUCUCCAAUUUUUGAAGGUUUAUUUGAAUAUUGUGGACUCAGUGCUGGUGGAUCUAUGGAGGGAGCAGCUAGAUUAAAUCGUGGAUUAUGCGACAUAGCUAUCAAUUGGGCCGGUGGACUACACCACGCUAAGAAAUCAGAAGCCUCCGGAUUUUGUUAUGUCAAUGACAUUGUUUUGGGAAUCUUGGAGCUUUUGAGGUACUAUGCUCGCGUCCUCUAUAUUGAUAUCGAUGUCCAUCACGGUGACGGCGUAGAAGAAGCAUUUUACACUACUGACCGCGUCAUGACAGUGAGUUUUCAUAAAUAUGGGGAAUUCUUCCCUGGAACCGGCGAACUAAAGGACGUAGGUGUACAGAAGGGGAAAUAUUAUAGCGUCAACGUACCUCUCAGAGACGGCAUUGACGAUAAUAGUUACCGUUCAGUCUUUGAACCUGUAAUUGAAAAAGUCAUGGAAUGGUACAGACCAGCAGCUGUGGUUUUACAAUGUGGCGGAGACUCACUCAGCGGCGAUAAACUAGGUUGCUUUAACUUAUCUAUGAAAGGACAUGCUAACUGUGUUCGAUUUGUAAAGAAAUUCAACUUGCCGACAUUGGUGCUUGGAGGUGGAGGCUACACGAUGAGAAAUGUAGCUAGAGCUUGGGCAUAUGAAACAGGCGUGGUUGUUGGACAGGAAGUAGGACCAGAUAUGCCUUAUAACGACUAUUAUGAAUAUUACGGUCCUGAUUAUAAGUUGGAUGUUCGACCAAGCAAUAUGGAAAAUAUGAAUACUCCCGAUUAUUUAGAAAAAAUCAAAACACAAGUCUUCCAAAAUCUCUCUAGAACAUUGUUUGCUCCUGGUGUACAAAUGCAAGAGGUUCCGAGAGACCAUGAUAUGUCCGACGACGAAGAUGAUGAAGAUCCAGAUGAACGAAUUUCGCAGAAUUUUUGGGAUCGUCGUAUAGUCCCGGAUAAUGAAUUUUACGAUUCGGAUGAAGGUGAAUCACAACAUGAAGGUGAAUCGAGGGCCAAAAAAAGCCGCCUAGAUAGAAAUUAUGAUGAAGAUGGAAAAUAUACCAAUCAUAGCAAUAGUAAAGGUAGUAAUACCUCAUCACCAUUGCCAACACAUCAGCAGCAUAAUUUAUCAAAAGAGGAGGAGGAUGAAAUUGCUAAAGUCUUGGAAGAACAGACGGAUCAACAGCAACAACAGAAUGAUUAUAUGCUUACAGAUAGUAGCGACAGAGUAAUAUCAGCACCAAUGGCUUUACAACAUCAACCUGCCGUAGAUGAGGACGUUUUGAUGACAGAAGCAAUCACCGAACAGCAAUCCACACUGCCGACACCACCAGCGGUGGAAGAUAAUGUUGUAGCAAGUUAUUCGUUUGAUACUAAUAUUCCUAUGCCAACAGAAACACAACAGUACUUGUCUACUUCUUCAAUAGCAGCGGUACCAGUAACGGCAGAAAACUCUGAAGUACCCGUUGCUAAUACAUUGUCAUCCGAUAGAUUAACUACAGCUUCAAGUAUAACUGAAGCAAAACAAGACAGUAAUCCAAAUACUAAUGUCAUUACGAACACUAGCGGCUCAAAAAAUCAAGCAAAGACAACGGAAAGUGAGGAUGAGGAAGGUGAAGUCAAAUCUGUUAAAUCUAUGCUAUCUUCUGUUCCAACAUCUCCACCAUUCGACAAGAGCCUAGAACAAAAUACAAUUGAAAAGGACGAGAAGAAUCACGAAAAUGGUAAUAUGAAGGAUUCAGGGGAAAAAUUGCAACCUACGCCUUCAGUUACAUUUAUGUCUACAGUGCCAACUUUAGAAGAAGGUGAGAUCGAGGAAGGCGAAAUUGCUGAUUAG